AGUCUUGCCGGUGAACAGGUCGCGGAGUCGCGAGAACGGGGCUUCUUCCCUCUCGUCGAUCGGUGGCAGGCGGUAUCGGUAUCGGUUUCUCUCUCGCGUCGGGUUCGCUCUGAAACAGACGGCCGUGUGAGUCGCGUCGUCGACCGUUUUAUUUAUCAGUGCGUUUCCGCAUUCACGGACGCGUGGUAAAAUCCGCGAAUUAGAUCGGAAUUACCGAUGACGUAUCGCUUUAAUCGCAAGACUAUGUUCGCGACGAGCAAUAACGUUCUUUGAUCGAAGCACACUUUAACUAUGCGUCUUUUCAAACGUUAUACAGCCGAUACGAGCCCGCAGCUUGUUUCGGCUGUACCUAUCUCCCAAGAUAUUGCCGCUACUGUCGAAAGUAAUACACCUGAGACAUCGGAGAAGAAAUCAAAGACAGACGACAGAUUGGAAGAUAAUCUUCCCAUUAAAGAGAAUAUCGACACGCAAAAGGAACCGGUGGAUUCCUCUAUUCUAACUCGUAAAGGAAUUUCAACUUGGGGACGAAAGAUGGGUCGGAGAUGGGAUCAAAUGAAGAGAUCGGACAGUUCCGAAUUGCUUUCGGUAUCGCGACGGCGACGACGAUGGAGCCCGCAUCGGAAGAGCAGUUACGAUGAAACGUCGAACGAAAAAGAAAACGGUAAUAGCGAGUUCCUGAGGCCAAAAAGAAUUCCCAGGGUAGAAUCGUUGAGAAACUUCUUUAGGACUGGCGGCGAACAUUCUUUCAAUUCCAAGAGUCCUGCGAGAAACGCGACGAUACAAGAGGAAGACAUCGUCGAAAUCAGACAUUGCCCGAUGGAGAAGACUUUGAGCGAAGGAGCGAUCAAGAAAAUUCCGUUUCGAGGUAUCUACUCCGAGAAUAUCGACGCUAGCGAAUUCGCUGAAAUCGAUCGAGAAACGUUCCUUCGUCAAAAGAAAUUGCAGCUUAGUCGUAGUAUUCAGGAUCUUCAAGAGCAGCGAAGAGUCUUGGAUUACAUACUCAAGAAUCAGGAGAUUUUGAAGACGCAACGAGGCGACGCGUUCGUGAGAGAAACACUGGAGAACGUUGCUAUGAAUUGGAAGCAAAUCUCCAAUUCUGAUUGCGCUUCCACGGAAGAAACGAAGAGCGGCUCGACGCGAAUGCCUGAUCAUCAAUCUGCUGCCGUUAACGCCAAUGAAUUUAAGGAAAACGUUUGUCAUCCCCAAGGAUCCUCCGCCGCGCUGACCGGUUUGGAAGAUUUAUUGAGCAAUUUACGCAUAGGUUGCGAUGAAAGUGGCUACGAUUCAGAUAGUACACGAGCCGGUGCGGAUUCGCCGGACAGUGAAAAAUUGACAGUACCUUCGUUGUCAAAGCCGCGUAGUUUCUCAUUAACGUCCGACGAUUAUCACGGUUUGCCGCUACUGUUUCGUAGUGAUGCCUCGCGGAAAAAAGAGGCAGCGAUCGACUCAAAUUCAUCUGGAACGUAUACUUCGACAGACGUUGAACAAGUUGACAUUGCUGUCGACGCCGUGACAAGCAGUGCUUCCUUCAAUGCUUCGACUACAACGCAAUCUACCACCUUAAUGUCGGAAGACGACACGGAUAGCUGUGAUGAUGAUACUUUUGCCGAUCUUAUGGAAUAUCAAUCAGAUUUAACAAGAAGUUAUUCUAAAAGCGAAGCGGAUUUCUUUCCGCAGUGUCACGAGGAUCUAAUGAAAGCAGCAUCUUCCGCGACUUCCGCUCCACUUGGCGAAGAUUUAAUGAAACUCAAGAUGAUGGAGAGUAAUAAUCCCAAUGUUAUUCUGACACAAUAUGACGCUUCUGACGAUGCUGAUACACGUGGCAUUGAUGAUGCCAAGACAAAGGUCAACUUCAGGGAGAGAGAAGCUUGUGUAACGCCAACAAAUCAUGUACCUCAGAUGAUCAGAUUUCAGAAUGUAUUGAAAGAUAAGAAAUAUAGAAAUCGCAAGUGCUCCAGUCCGAGCGUAUUACAUCUUUUAGAGCACGCCGCAUCUCCGUGUAACGACAGUCCUCCGGCUAAUAAAGCUUCUUCUCUAUCUAAGACGAUGACUAACCCACUACGAUAUUACAGCCCGAAGAGAUCACGCUCCACUCUGGAACUCGAUACAACAGACGUGACGAGGAACGCGGCGAAGAAAGUGUUGACAUUGAAUGCUUGCGAGGCCGCUUUUCCUACAAUUUCCAAGACAAAAACCCUAGUACGACGCGAAUUAAAAACGAUGAAACUCACGGUGAACUAUAACGAGACCCCGGCGGGUCUCGGUAUUUCGGUGGAGCGACACGAGGCGGCCAGGCCGUUUUACGUGAUCGCUAGGAUGGAUCCAGACGGAGAAGCAGCUAGAUCGAGACAGUUUUGUAUUGGUGAUGAGAUCGUCCGAGUCUGUGGACGUAGGAUACGCGGUAUGUCGAUGACAGAGGCGCGAAAUGCUUUGCGAAGCUGCGUUGGCACAGUCGAGUUGCAGGUAGCGAGGGAGCCGAAGAAAAUCGGCGAUACCUGGGGCGAUGUCUUGACGCGAACCCGAAGCGAUCCCGAUUCGUGGAUUUUGAAGAGCCAGAGAACCGAAUUUCAGCCGGCUUUUCGCGCAUCAUCUUCGACAAACGCCAGCUCAUCUCUUGCCAUUGAUGAGACGACUACCACUAUCCGGAAAAUAACGGGGAUGAAAAAGUUCCAGAUCGUGAGGAAACGAAGCGCCGAAGCUCCCGCCGUUCAACGAGGUUCCAGUUUAGCCAUGGAUCUGCUGACAGUUGUAUUAGUAAAGGGCGCGCCGAAGAAAUUGGGCUUCUCCAUUGUUGGUGGUGUGGACAGCAAUAAAGGGCGCAUGGGUAUUUUCGUGAAAGAUAUUAUGCCUGAUGGACAAGCUGCGGAAGAAGGUACUCUGAGAGCAGGGGACGAAAUUUUAGCCAUCAAUGGCUCUUCAUUAGACGGACUAACGCAUGCCAAGGCGUUGCAGAUGUUCAAGAACACUAAAGCCGGAAACUUGAUACUUCACGUUGCGCGAAGAGACCCGACGCAUAAACGGUUGUGUCACAAACUAUGCAGUUUAGAAUAAUGCGAUGUUUAAUUUUUAACACACCGAUACAUCACGCAAUCAAAAUCGUAUGAUUGCCUCAAUAAAUUAACGAAGUCUACCGACGAGUGAAACUAUUGCCAUUACCGUCAUUAUCGAAUUAAUCUUAUUACUAUAAACAGAAAUGAAUUUGAACAAUUUGAGAAAUUUUUUUUUAUAUACGACUUUUUCUAGGAUCUGUUAAAUUAAUAAUUUAUAUUUCAAAAAGAUUAUAUACUAAUGAUAUCAUGCGUUUAAAAUAACUUAUAUACAUCUUGAUUAGCAUUUUAAUAUAUUUCCAAUAAUAAUUUAUAUGCAAAACAAUAAAUGUAUAUAUAUGUAGGCUGUAAUCAAAUCAUAAUUGUGAUAACAAUUGAUUAUUUUUACCAAUGGAUAAUAUUUGUAAUCCACUUCUUUUUCUAAUAGAUUUUUUUUUUUUUUUUUGACAAAUAAGAAUAUUUAGCUCUAUGUAUAAUAUUAAUUUUGAAAUCUCUGAAACAAAAUCUCAGAGAAGAUAAUGAAAAGAUGUCUCCAUUUAUUUACAUAUUGCAUAUUUAGCUUAACUUGUUUCAAAAAAAGGAGGAAAAUAAGGAAAAUUAAAUUAUAUAUUGCUAUUAAAAUAUUUGCAUUCUAGGAACACAGUCUAUUUAGUUAAAACGUUAUAUUCUAACGUUAGAGAUAUUAAUUAAGGAAAUAGAAUAGUGCGAUAACAAUAUUAUGUAGCUUUAUAACCAUAUCCUGUUAGAUGUAGUAUGCUAACAAUUUGGAAUAUGGUUUGACUUAACAGCAUUGUAGGAUUUAAUAUAUGUUUUUAUUUAAAAACAUAUUGAGUAAAUCGAACUACGUGAAAACUAAAAAAAAUAUCUAGUUUUGUCCGACACAUAAAUCAUUGCUCGCGUAUCGUAACUACAAUAAUUAGUAAUUCUCAUUAAGUUAUUUGUUAAGAGACUGACAUAACGAAUGUCUACCUGCAAAAUGCUGUGAUAUCAAUUAUAGUCGUAUCGGCACUGUAUAAUAUUAUUACUGUAUAUUUAAUAAUAAAUGUGAUGUUAAAUAUAAAAAUA